AUGGGGUUUUCCCAACGUAGUUUCACCAACUCUAUAGACCCUCUUCACAGUUCAAUCCCUACAAGCAAUACUUCCGCUAUAUCCACUGAUCAGUACUGUAACUAUAAUGAGGUAAAAAUCAAAUCUUUAUUCUACAAAAUGAUUUGGGAAAUUGGGUUUGGUUGUAUUCUCCCACCUCGCCGGCGGCAAGAAGAUCGGGCCGACACUGAGAAGGGUGACAACAAAUUAGAGCACAACAAGGCUUGGUUGCUAGCGGAAUCUGGUGGUUGUGCUGCAGAGUUGACAAAUGCUGAACCACACUCAGUUCACUCCUCUUUCAGGUUCAGUUUCUGCUCUCAAGCAAAGCCAUUAUUGCAGCAAGGAACCAUUGAAGUUUUGCUUGAUCCAAGGCUCACCUUCACUAAAAAAAAUUCAAAACAAAUAACCCGAAUGGUUCAAGCUGCAGCUGCAUGUAUAAACAACGAAGAAUCCCGGAGGCCCAACAUUGAUGAAAUUAUUUCAAUAUUGAGAGGAGCAGAAUCUAAUUUCCCCAACAGGAAGAAGUCUGGCUUCCCUGGGGAAGCCCUUGCAGAGCUGGAUGAGCUUUUCAAAAGUGUAUAUAGUCUGAUGAGCAAUUGUGUUUGUAGUUGUACAUACUUGCAUGUCCUUGCCCUUUGCUUUAGAGGGAAGGUUGACAGAUUUUUCUUUUGCAAAAGCUUGGAGUGCUGA